CAGUUGGCAUCCCUGCGCAAUUUUUCAUCUCGUUCUAGUGACUACUCUACUGCGAUGUUAAUCUGACUUGAUAAUAAGUUUCCUGUUGGCUGGAGAACAAAGAAGGACUGUUGUACUGACCUGGGCAUGGGCUGAUGUUAUGGUUUCGGCGCCGAUGUGCGGCCUCCUGCGAUGUUGACCUUUUUCCGAAAACACGUCCCCAAUGGACAGCCCCAAGUCCCUGUCAAGCAGACGGUGGAGGACCUCCUCAAACAGGAGCCUCCUCCCGAAGCGAAUUCCGGGCACUCCAAAUUGUGCCGAACGCUGGCAGACGUGGUCGCUGAUGCAGGUGCUGUCAGUCUACUGCUGCAGUUCCUGCGAACCAAAGGUUCCGCCCCUUUUUUGCUCUUUUGGACGGAGGCGGCCAGAAUGGAGGGCCGGCCACCACCGUGGCCCUCUCCUGCACUCACGGACGACGUCUCUGAAGCAGCUGUCGCAAUAUUUGAAAGGUUUUUCGCACCGGACGCAACUGAGCGAGUCGCUGCCCCGCGAGGUCUGGUUGAGGCUGUUGAGGCGGUGAUCAGGAGGAAAGAAGCUCCACCUAAAGAUAUUUUUCACCCCCUCCAAGAAUACGUGUUUCAAGUCAUUAACAAAGACCACUUUGAUGAGUUUCUGAAAUCGGAUUUCUUCCACCAACACAAGGUGGAGGUGCUGACCAGUAGUCAAGUGCGUUUGGUCGACUUGCUGCUCAACGAAUCUGCUCUCUUUUAUUUUACUGAGUUUAUGGAACAAGAAGGUCAUCAGGCUUUGGUAGAGUUCUGGUUGGCAGCCACUAACUUUCGGAAACACUUGUCCGACGAACCAGCUGAAGCGCAGGCUGAUGCUAUCGUGCUGUACGACAAAUAUUUUUCGCUCCAGGCGACCACACCACUUGGUUUCGGAGACUCGCUCAGACUUCAGGUCGAGGAGAACAUUUGUGGAGAGUUCGGACCAUCAGCUGACAGUUUUGAAAAAGCAGCAGCAAUUGCAUUGCAUGCGAUGGAGCGCAUGUUUCUCCCCGACUUCCUGCAAUCACAGUUGUACCUGAGGUACCUUGCUGAUUUGCUGCAGGCCAGCAACAGCACCCUGAACUCAACAAGCAAUUCCACAGAAAAUAAUGCACCGACUUGCACCAAUUCCAUAGACGAUUCCGACCCUGACAGCAUUUGGAAAAGAAGCAGACAGAACAGCGGCCUAUCGCUGGGACGCAUUGACGAGCUGGGCCGUUUCGAGGCCGACUUUGAGCCGGAGCCUGAGGCACGCCGCGAGUCCCGCCUCAGCAGGGUGAUGCGCCGUCUUGUGCGGCCUCACGACAAGGAGGAGCUGGCAUGGCGUGUCGCCGAGAUGAUCGUCCGAGAUGUGACCAGCGUCACCCUUGGGCCGAGCAGUCAGGCGCCCAGCAGGCCGCGGCGGUGUCCUAGCACAGCAGACUCAUGAUGGAGUUGGCAUACGCCAUCGGCUUCACGUUCGGGUGGGGCUGUGUAACAUUGCCAAUUGUUAGUUUGUUAUAUUAUAUAAAUGUCAGACCACUGCAAUGAAAAUCAACUUGUAGAUGUAAGGACGUUAAAAGUGAGUUACCAAAGUGAUGCUCGAGCUGUUCAUAUCGGCCCCAGGGAAAUUUGCCGAUAGGUGGCCAGUGAAUGAAUUUAUAUUAUAUUAUAUUUAAGUACAAAACAUAGAACAAAUAAUAAAAAUCUUUUUAAACUAAA